GAAAUGUGUGAUAAUGCGAUGGUGCGACUGGGUGCGAACUUCGUUGGCUUCUUGUUGGCUUCGAUGUUCUUAGCGAGUUCUUUGUUACAUAUAUUUUAUUCGUGUGUUUGAAUGGACUAGCUGUCUUAUUUUGGUCUAAUUACUAAUGCUUGAAAAUUGUCUCUAAGUAAUAAUGCUGUAGGCACGGUCGGUAGGCACCAAAUAGCCUGCCUCAAGCCUGCCUAAACAGUAAACACCAGCCCCAGCCUUACCCAACAGAUACUGAUGUGGAAAACAUCACACUGAAGUUGGUGUCUUUCUAUUUACCUAAAUACCAGCAUUUAUUGCACUUUUGCUGAAGGAAUUUUUACAAUGGAAAGAAAUAGCAGGAUGAGUAAGCACGGCGGAGCGGAGGGCAGCGGCAUCUCCAAGGAGGAGUGGGCCGGCCGGCUGGAGCGGCUGCAUGUCAGUCGCACAGACAUGAACCGGCUCAUCAUGAACUACCUCGUCACCGAGGGUUUUAAGGACGCAGCAGAGAAGUUUUCGCAGGAGUCGGGCGUAUCAGCUGGUGUCAAUCUCUCCUCGCUCGAUGACAGAAUCAAGAUCCGUGACGCGAUCCGCGAGGGGCGCAUCUCGGACGCCACGGACGUGGUGAACAAGCUGCACCCGGAGCUGCUCGACUCGGACCGCUAUCUCUACUUCCACCUGCAGCAGCAGCACCUCAUCGAGCUCAUCCGCGCCGGACGCAUCGAGGAGGCACUGGCGUUCGCGCAGCAGAGUCUGGCAGAGAGGGGAGAGGAGAACACUGAGGUGCUGGCCGAGCUGGAGCGCACGCUGGCGCUGCUGGCGUUCGAGGACCCGGCCAACUCUCCGUUCGGGGACCUACUCAAUUCGUCACACAGGCAGAAGGUGGCCAGUGAGCUGAACGCGGCCAUUCUGCGUCUGGAGAGCUCCGCCGACCCGACCACCCGACUGGAGACACUUCUGAAACUGGUACUGUGGGCGCAGGGUCAGCUCGAUCAGAAAAAGGUCAGCUACCCGCGCAUGACAGACCUGGCCAGUGGCGCUCUGGACGAUUGAAGUUCCUCAGUUGGACCGGCGGCGUGAAUAAAGACAGAUGUGAAUACAUUAGAGCACUGAGUGGACAGGUCACAGAAGGACACGGAGGGAUGAGAAUGAAGAACAGCGGGAGGCUAUUCUGUGUGAUGAGUGCCGAUAAUGACCGACACUGCUGAGGCUGAGGAUGCUCAGGUUGGAGUGAUAGUUGAUAAGUGAUCCAACUAGAGUCAGUGACGCAUUGAGGCGGUGUAUUCGAGUGGCACGACAGCUGGCUCGCGGUGAUGCCGUCUAUAGACAGACAGACUGAGAGUGGAGGUUUUCGGUCCGGAACAGCGGGUUGAAACGAGAUGUGGUGUUGACAGUCGUGGACAGAGAGCUGCGGUGGAAUAUGCGAGGUUAAGGUCCGGGACAUUGACGCCAUGGGCCGACCGAGACUCGAGGCUACGCGCAGCCGAGGAGGUCGUUAUUUUUCGGAUAGAUGUCUUCAGAUUGAAGCGAUUGAAUCGGAUGGGAGAGAUCAGUGGCCUCUGAACACGCGAAUGUUCGGGGAAUGGCAGCGUAAUAUAUCGUGACGCCCUCUUCUCUGAUCGCGUAUUGGCCUCGUGACAAUUAGUCUCGUCGAGCACGACCUACCCCCGUAGUCAUCCUACCCAUGAACAGCCCUGCACUGAAGCGGCGGACGCUCGACGCAUCGUUACGGGAAGCACGCUCUGUGGAUCUCGUCAGUAACCUCCGAGGGGUGGUCACUGGUCACCGUCCCUGGCUCCCGGUACCGGAGCGGUCACCACUGGUGUGCCCACGCCCCUCCGACCGGGCCUCAGGGGUCUGGGUUCUGUCCCGGUCUGGCAGUCUUUCGGGGAGUCAUUACAGCGCCGCAGGAAGUCGGAGACUUCCCCGCGGCGAUAUACGAUUUACUUACUAUCUCACGUGUAUUGUGAAAAUGAAUAUGUAUGCUGGCGUGUAUAUGUACUGUGUCAAUGAAUAAAGCUACUCUGUUUGA